UGUGUCUGGGAAGCAUGUUUACGUUAUUGGUUGUAGCGAAUAUUUACUUUAUUGGUUGUAGUGAACUCCGUAAACAGUCGGCGCAUCUAAUCGUCAAGGAAGUCAUUGCUUUUAAUGGUUUUACAGCGUGACUGCUGUCAAAUCCAGUCGAUAAGUGUUAAGCAGAAGCCGAAUGAAAUGAAUAGGAAGAAAUGCGGCUAGAUAGCAAAUAUCACAAAACCACAGAACUGGAUCCUACGAUGGUUGAUUGCAUCUCGAAGGGCAUUGACAGGAUUGUAACCAGUUUUUUCCAGCUGUGAUGUGGCUGUGCUCAACCUGAUCUCAAAUUCUCUCUCCGCCGAAAGAUUCAUUUAAACAGUAUAAAGCUGUAGAUUUAGUUACAUUUAAUUCCGAAUCAGUGGUUCAUAUGCUUCGCAUUUGUGCAGUGAAGAUUUCUGAUAAACAAAUCGGCUUCGGUGAUGGACUUAUUCGGUGAUGUUUUAUUUUUGUGACCGCUAAUUCGUUGUUAAUGACAACCUACUAUCGUUUCAAUUGAUGACAUGUCAGACGGAGAGUUUGAUGACAUCGGAGCUUUAAAACAAAAUUACUCAAAUUGCCACAGUAACCUUUGGCAAAAUAAGUCCGGCGAUGGAGAGAUAAUUGGAUGAAAUGUAUAAAUUAUCCAAUAUGUAGUGAUUUUGCCUUGAAUAGCGUACAGAAUAACAAUCUAGAGCGCUGCUUUCCGACCGGUUGUACAUUUCUCAAUUUGCGCAUCCUCAUGCACAAUUACAACCAUGUAAACUAGACUUUGAAUAAGUAUACAAAAAGGCAGUCAAAUAUGACUGUCCCGAAAGAUAUCCCGGAGAAGUGGUUUCCCAUCGUUCUGCCACUCAAAAGGAAAAAACACGGACUCAAUGCAGCUAAAGAGAAAAAUAAAGGGACAGAGGAGGAGAGGAAGGUCAGAGCCAACGACAGGGAGUACAACGAGAAGUUCCAGUACGCGAAUAACUGCAUUAUGACCUCCAAGUACAACAUCAUCACCUUCCUGCCGGUCAACCUGUUCGAGCAGUUCCAGGAAGUGGCCAACACUUACUUCCUCUUCCUGCUCAUACUGCAGCUGAUCCCUCAGAUCUCUUCUCUGUCCUGGUUCACCACCAUUGUGCCUUUAGUCCUGGUGCUGAGCAUCACUGCAGUGAAGGACGCCACAGACGACUACUUUCGUCACAAGAGCGACAACCAGGUGAACAACCGGCAGUCUCAGGUCCUCAUCAACGGCAUUCUUCAGAAGGAGAAGUGGAUGAAUGUGCGAGUGGGUGACAUCAUUAAGCUGGAGAAUAACCAGUUUGUGGCAGCUGACCUGCUCCUGCUCUCCAGCAGCGAACCCCACGGGCUGUGCUACAUCGAGACGGCAGAGCUGGACGGAGAGACCAAUAUGAAAGUGCGACAGUCUCUGCCCGUGACCUCGGAGCAGGGGGACCCGGGCAAGCUGGCCCAGUUUGAUGGAGAGGUGAUCUGCGAGCCUCCCAAUAACAAGCUGGACCGUUUCUGUGGCACGCUGUACUGGCGGGAGUGCAAGUACGGCCUGAGCAACCAGAACAUGCUGCUGCGCGGCUGCGUGCUCAGGAACACGGAGAGCUGCUACGGCCUGGUCAUCUUCGCCGGUCCAGACACCAAGCUGAUGCAGAACAGCGGUCGCACAAAGUUCAAAAGAACCAGCAUAGACCGGCUGAUGAACACUCUGGUGCUCUGGAUCUUCGGCUUCCUGGUCUGCAUGGGCGUGAUCCUGGCCAUCGGGAACGCCGUGUGGGAAAAGGAGGUGGGCUCCCUCUUCCAGAGCUACCUGCCCUGGGACCCGCCCGUGGACAACUUCCUGUUCUCCGCCUUCCUGGCUUUCUGGUCGUACGUCAUCAUCCUCAACACCGUGGUGCCCAUCUCCCUCUACGUCAGCGUGGAGGUGAUCCGCCUGGGGCACAGCUACUUCAUCAACUGGGACCGGCGCAUGUUCUGCCAGCGGCGCAACACCCCGGCCGAGGCCCGCACCACCACCCUCAACGAGGAGCUGGGCCAGGUGGAGUACAUCUUCUCCGACAAGACCGGCACCCUCACCCAGAACAUCAUGACCUUCAACAAGUGCUCCAUCAACGGGCACGCCUACGGUGAGGUGAUCGACACCCUGGGGGUGCAGCCGAAGCGGGGUCAGUCUCUGGACUUCUCCUUCAACCCCCUGGCUGACAGUGACUUCUGCUUCUUCGACCAAAGCCUGCUGGACUCUGUCAAACUGGGGGAGCCGCCGGUGCACGAGUUCUUCAGACUGCUGUCCCUCUGCCACACUGUCAUGAGCGAGGAGAAGAGCGAGGGAGCGCUGGUGUACAAGGCCCAGUCCCCGGACGAGGGCGCCCUGGUGACUGCGGCCCGCAAUUUUGGCUUCGUGUUCCGCUCUCGCACCCCCAGCACGGUGACGGUGCAGGAGCUGGGGCGCCCCGUCACGUACACGCUGCUGGCCAUCCUGGACUUCAACAACAUCCGCAAGAGAAUGUCCGUCGUCGUACGGAACCCGGAGGGGAAGAUCCGGCUGUACUGUAAAGGUGCAGACACCCUGCUGUUUGAGAGACUGCACCCCUGUAACCAGGACCUCAUGAACGUCACCUCAGACCAUCUCAACGAGUACGCUGGCGACGGCCUGCGCACGCUGGUCCUGGCCUACAGGGACCUGUCUGAGCAGCAGUGGGAGGACUGGGCUGAGCGGCACCGCGGGGCUGAGAGAGCCAGCGACUGCAGGGAGGACCGACUGGCCGCCGUGUACGAGGAGAUAGAGCAGGACAUGAUGCUACUGGGAGCCACAGCCAUAGAGGACAAACUGCAGGAGGGAGUGCCUGAGACCAUUGCCAUCCUGUCGCUCGCCAACAUAAAGAUCUGGGUCCUUACUGGAGACAAGCAGGAGACGGCGGUGAAUAUCGGUUACUCGUGCAAGAUGCUCACGGACGACAUGAGCGAGGUGUUCGUCAUCAACGGUCACACGGUGCAGAGCGUGCGGGAGGACCUGAGGAGGGCAAGGGAACGAAUGAUGGAGUCUGCACGCUCCCGGGACGGAGGGAAGGAGAUGGAGGGAUGGGCAGAGAGUUGCUUGCUGGGUAACGGAUUUGGAGGAGGAGGAGGAGGAGGGGGAGUAGGCGGUGGAGGAGAAGGUGCAGACUGGCGACAGCAGGUGGAGGGCAAGGAGGACCCCAUCCCUCCACCUCACCCCCCCUCCACCCUGCUGGACUCCAUCUCUGGAGAGUUCGCCCUGGUCAUCAGCGGACACAGCCUGGCUCACGCCCUGGAGGCGGACAUGGAGCAGGAGUUCCUGGACACGGCGUGCGCCUGCAAGGCGGUGAUCUGCUGCCGGGUCACGCCGCUGCAGAAGGCCCUGGUGGUGGAGCUGGUGAAGAAGCACAAGAAGGCGGUGACGCUGGCCAUCGGCGACGGCGCCAACGACGUCAGCAUGAUCAAGAGUGCCCACAUUGGAGUGGGCAUCAGCGGGCAGGAGGGCAUCCAGGCGGUGCUGGCGUCGGACUACUCCUUCUCGCAGUUCCGCUUCCUGCAGCGCCUCCUGCUGGUGCACGGCCGCUGGUCCUACCUGCGCAUGUGCCGCUUCCUCUGCUACUUCUUCUACAAGAACUUUGCCUUCACCAUGGUGCACUUCUGGUUUGGCUUCUUCUGCGGCUUCUCCGCCCAGACGGUGUAUGACCAGUACUUCAUCACGCUCUACAACAUUGUGUACACAUCUCUCCCUGUGCUGGCCAUGGGGAUUUUUGACCAGGACGUCCCAGAACAGCGCAGCCUGGAGUACCCCAAGCUGUACGAGCCCGGGCAGCUCAACCUGCUCUUCAACAAGCGGGAGUUCUUCAUCUGCAUCGCGCAGGGCAUCUACACCUCCGUGGUGCUCUUCUUCGUCCCCUACGGCGUGCUGUCCCAGGCGGCCCGCCACGACGGCAUCCCCCUCGCCGACUACCAGACCUUCGCCGUUACCGUGGCCACCUCCCUGGUCAUCGUGGUCAGUGUGCAGAUUUCCCUGGACACUGGCUACUGGACAGCGAUUAACCAUUUCUUUGUGUGGGGCUCCCUGGGUGCCUACUUCACCAUUUUGUUCACCAUGCACAGCAACAUCCUCUUCAGUAUCUUUCCCAAUCAGUUCUGCUUUGCCGGAAGUGCCCAGAACACCCUGGGGCAGCCGGUGGUGUGGCUGACCAUUGCUCUGGCCACUGUGGUGUGCAUUGUGCCUGUCCUGGCCUUCCGCUUUCUGAAACUGGACCUCAAGCCCCAGCUUUCUGAUACGGUGCGGUACACCCAGCUGGUCCGUCAGAAGAAGCGGAAGCCCGGCGGUCGUGGCGGGCGUGGCGCCAGCGGGGGUGCGGGUGGGCUGGGAGGCGGGGCUCUGGGCCGGCUGGGGCGGGCGGGGUCCCGGCGCUCGGGGUACGCCUUCGCCCACCAGGAGGGCUUCGGGGAGCUGAUCACCUCAGGGAAGAACAUGCGCCUCAGCUCCCUGGCGCUCGCCACCUUCGCCUCGCGCCACAGCGCCAGCUGGAUCGACACGCUGCGCAAGAAGAAGCAGCCGCAGCCCCCCGGGGGGGGCGAGAGCAGCCCCGCCUACACCCCCGCCCCCGCCGCCCCCCUCUCCACCUCCUCCUCGCUGCUGGGGCCCCAGGAGGAGGCCGCCUGCAGCAGCGCCGUCACCCCCACCCUGGCCCGCAGCCCUGGGGCGGACUCCGCUGGGGGCUGGCCCAUCAGCCUGGGGGCCGUACAGGAGGCGCUGCUUGGGUGGCGAGGGGUGGGGGCACGCAUCAGCGGCGCCAGCAGCCCGGGCCCCCCCCCAAUCGCUGAGGAGAGCUCCCUCGCCGAGUGAGCAGCAAGCAGGAAGACCCACCGGAUGACUGUGCCGGGCGUGGCACCAAUGCCGCGCCCUCUCUGAGAUUAGCGGGACUGCCCCCCCCCCCCCCCCAGUCUGUGCCUGGGCAUGUCAGGCAAAGGUACCGCCAUGAUGCCACUGCUGAGUGUCCCAGAGACUCAAUGGGAAUUCCUGACACCCAGGUGACUCCUGACUUUCCUUCUCUCCUCUGUUCCCUCCCAUGAAGGGGGGGGGGGCAUCCAAGCAACAUACACCUUUCUUUCUGAAGAAAUGCUCUCUAAAGGAGAUGACAACAAAAGUUGUUUCCGUUCCGACACAAAGGAUUUUUUCAUACGAUUCAGAUAUGAGACAGAACUGUUACGCUCAUUAAUUUAAAAAAGUUUAAAAAUGCAAUGCAGUGUAGGUGUGACAGCAGUGUGAUUCAGUUUUGAUUGUAAACAUAGGCUUCAAUCUGUAGAUACAUGUUUGUCAUCCCACCCAUGAAUUCACUCUGAAGGGAUGGACAGAAGCCAGGAAGGACAGGAAAUGGAGAGAGAAAUGAGAGGGAAUCUUGGGGAAUAUUAUUAUAGACCUUUAUCAGAUUAAUCACAGAUAAGGGGCUGUUCUGGUUCUGAAUAUAUAUCCAAAUUGUUGUACACAUGGUGACACCUUUAUCAAGGUGUACUUACCGUAUGUCAAGUGUUACCCUUGAAACCAUUGAUGAAUCGGCAUUGGGAUCUCACAUUGAGAUCUAGGCUUUGGGAGCGAGAGCGUUCUACAAUCUGCCUCUCCCCAGCAACCAGUCCGUGUGUCUCUGCUUCACUGCACUGAUUCUUUGAACAGUUGCCUCCCAUCACACUUUGGCAGUUUCCUGUUUCUCUCCUGCUCUCCUUCCCCUUAUGUCUCUCUCUCUAUCGCUCUCUCUCUCUCCCUCCCUCAAGGGUUUGUUUUCCUUACAAACUCUUAAAAAAGCCUCGUGUCAGUGAACUUUAAGGUCUCGGCUUAUUUGGGGCAGCUGAUGUUUCCAAAGAAACGGUCAGUCAGUCACCAUCAGUUUCUGGAUGCUGCUGCUCUCCCACUCCUGAAGUGUAUCCCACCAACUUGGUGUGUGCUUCACUUGGCACAUCUGUACGAACCCAAAACUCAACUUUUCUUAAUCUCUUUCAAAAAGUAAACACAACAACUUACAUUGAUUCAAAAACAAUAUCAUAUGAAAGCUAUUAUUUUCUCAUUAAUUUAAUGUAGCCUGUGUGAGGGCGGCCACGUUAUAUCAACAAGAGUUGAAGAAUUGUUAGUCGUUGGCUACUGAGCGGACUCUGAAGCCUCAUGUUUGGACUGCCAGGACAACAUGGAAUUGUACAAGUGAGCAUUCAGAAGCUGUGUACACAAUAGUUCUCAGUGAGAACGCCACAUUCACCUUACUGGACACUGCAGGAUUUAGCACUCAGUCUUACCCCUCAAACCCUCCUUUUCUGCACCAUAUUGGUGCUCUUGCCCACGGUGAGCUACCCCUGGCAGAUGCAGGUCGAACUGGGCUGUGCCUGGAGGCACACCACUGCACAGGAUUAGGCGAAAUACUCACAGAUAGCCUUGGGCUCCGCUGUACUGGACCAAGAAAACAAGACCCCUCUCUAGGUCAUGCUGGCCUGGACUUUUUUUAUUUUAAAAAAGGAGCUCUCUCAGAUCGGUGUGGCCCAUCUGAUUAAGAACUGAAAUGGAGACUUGUGGAGAUAUUACAGGACUGCACUCAUUAGCUCUUCAAUAGCCUGCAUCUUCAGGUUCUCACAGUGUUUGCACUGCGUCCUGGAGUCACAAAUCACAAUGGUCCUGCCUUGGACUGGUCUGUAGUUUCUCAGUUGGGACAGACCAACAGACCUCGAUAUGAAUGCUGACAUCUCGCUAACUGUAUUUGGGAUGUACCGUUUUUGGGGUUUGUCAUAUUUGUUGAGAGAAAACAGUAUUACAGAGAACGUACCAGAGCUUUGACUCACCCCCACAUAAGAAGUGCUUAUUCUUCUCAAUAUUUGUGCGUACUGUUGCUUCUCUCAUUGUUUUCCCCAGAGGAAGACAUCUGGCAAUAAAAUGGAAGCUGUGACAGGGUUUUGUUCACGCACAAGAGGGUGGGUCAAAGUUUGGAUGUUCAGAACAUGUUUGAGUUUUUGGGCCGUUUUCAAAUGUAUCCAAUAUAUCAGGCCUUGUAACUCUUGUUAAGACUGUUGGGUCUUAGUGCUCAAGCUGAAUGGAAAGGUUGAAGGGUGGUCAAUAAAUAAUUCAGUGUCCCUCUGUUGAGGGAAACGUA